AUGGGUGCCUAUCUGUCUAGGCCAAAAACCGAUAAGGAGUCCUCGUCUUGCUCUAAUGAAUGGAUUUCAUACGGGUGUUCCUCGAUGCAAGGCUGGAGACGUUUCCAGGAAGACGCCCACAAUUGUAUACUAGACUUUGACCCCAAACGGACGGCAUCAUUUUUUGCCGUCUAUGAUGGACAUGGGGGUUCCGAAGUUGCAAAAUAUUGUUCCUUGCAUUUACCAGAAUUUAUCCGCUCUCGGCCUGAGUACUCGGCAGAAAACGUAGCCAUUAACCCAUCUGGGAUCUUGAAGAACGCAUUUGUUGACUUUGACGUAACGCUUACGCAAUCAAAGGUUGGUGCUUUUAUAACGUGUCUUACAACGUUUUUCAAUGCUGUCGACGCGAAGUCUGAAUUGAAGCUUAUUGCAAACCCAGACGCAGAUGACUCACCAAAAGCAGAUACUUCUUCAGAUGAGGAGAAUUUCAGACAGGCUAAUAACAACAUGUCAUCUGAUUCGCAGUAUAAACUCGGCGAAGACGAUCCUCUUUCAGUGCAGGAGAGCGUCGAAGAGAUAUCUGCGUUGCACGAAGAAGCCACCAGGCCACUUGAAGCUGUCUUGCGGAAGCAGUGCGGGGGUGAGAUCCCGGAGUUUAUACAGACGCUGCUGUCGAGUCUUCGACCCAAACCCGGCGACGCCAGUGGGUCUGGCCCGUCUACCUCCUCGUCGUCUAGCAAGCCCGUCGACGACACCAACGACGACACCGGUGCGCCACACGCCAAAGACAAAGACUCCGACGAUGCGAAGGCGGAAGCAAGUGUUCCACUCGAGAGUCAGUCCGAUAGGCCGGAGGAAGCGACAGGCGCUUCUGCCGACGCCGACGGAGACAAGACCGGUAAAGAGGAAAACGAGGAGGCAGAUGACGAAAUUCCUGUUGUUGUCGAUGAAGUCGAGGGCGAUGAUGAAGACGACGAUGACGAGGAUUUCGAAGUUGAUGAUGCGGAGGUCGAAGAGGAGGAAUUCGGAGACGAAGAGGACAAUUCCGACGGCGAGAACGAGGAUGACGAUGACGACGACACAGACGAGGUCGAUGAUGAGGAUGAUGACGACGACGACGAGGAGGGGUGUUCGGUGGGCGUGCUGCCGCGCCCAGUGGGUUUCAGCGAGCCCGGUGUGGACAGCGGCACGACGGCCUGCGUUGCCCUGGUCCUCCCCGAACUGGACGAGGAGACCGGCCAGCAACGGGUGUGCCUGUACGUGGCGAACGCCGGCGACUCCCGCGCCGUCCUGUGUCGGGCGGGCGCGGCGGUGGAGCUCUCUGAGGACCACAAGCCCGAGGACGACUUGGAGAAGGCGCGCAUAUAUGCCGCUGGUGGCACUGUCACCGCUGACGGCCGUGUCAACGAUGGGCUAAAUCUCAGCAGGGCGAUUGGUGACCACAUCUAUAAGGUAGGUUCGUGUAUUUCACUCUUGAAGCGCCGCACCGAUCUCAAAAUGGCCGACCAAAUGAUCACCGCGCUGCCCGACGUGACGCGCAGCGAGUUGAUGCCAGGCGCCGACGAGUUCCUCGUCAUUGCCUGCGACGGCAUCUGGAAUUCCAUGACGAGCCAGGCGGUCGUCGAUUUCGUCUACGAUCGGUUGCAUCCGGAUUCCGCCGAGGCUGGAGAACACGGCGACAAGAUGGACGAAGGGAAGCAGAAGCAGGAGGGGGAGAAGGCCGCGGCGGCGGCGGAGAAGAAAAAGGAGGAGGAGGUUGAUAAGGCAUCUCCCGCUUUCCUGGCAAAGAUCUGCGAGGAGGUAGGCAAUCUGUCGGUCCUAAUGCGACCUCGGUGUAAGUGGAGUUUCCAAACACUUGUGUUCCUCCUAUUUAAGCUAUUCGACGCCUGCCUGGCCUCGAACACCAUGGGAGACGGAACAGGCUGCGACAAUAUGACGUGCAUCAUCGUGCGUUUCGACAACCUCACCGGUCUCGCGAAAUGCGCAGUCACCCGCACGGUUGAGGCGGAGAAGGAGGAGGUGACGGAGAAGCUGUCGGAUUCAAACCUAGAUCCCGCUGCACCCGCCACCAAUGGAAACGACGCAGUCACGGGCGACAAGAUGCCCCUUUCCCCUGUAACUAAAAAAGCCCGCACCGAGGGUGAAGCGACAGUCGGUUCCACGGAGGUCCCCGUUAAUGGGAUCGUCGCGGCCUCUGAAUGA